AUGGAGGGUCCAAACAUCAAUUAUGUGCUUCAUAUGAGACCUGAGGAAGAUGAGGAAACCACUUCAGGUACGAAGGCACUGACAGACUUGCUGGCUGGAGAGGGAAGAAAGGAGGAAGAGAGUAGAGGGAGCCAGCCUGGGUCAGGAGCAGCAGCAGCAGCAGAAAGGGAAGGAGCAGAAGAAUUAAGUGGAGAAGGUGGGUCUGCUGCUGGUGCUGCAGGCCUCAUGGAUAACAGGAACCAAGAGGACAAUGGCGCCACUGGCUAUAACCAGGAGAAUGAGAAGCAGCCAGAGGAGCCAGUCCCCGAUUGCAUGGGGGAUUUAGAAAAUGUAAAGCCUGUGCCAGGACAGUGGUCCUGUGUUAAUCCUGUGAGAGUGUUGGUGCCUGAAUACCACCCCCAUCAGCAACACAGGUUCGCCCUGCUGCAGCUACAAGAGCUAGAGAGCAUCUUACAAAGAAAUCACUACAUCAGCACUACGGAAGCAAAACGUCUGGCAAGAUCCAUGGAUGUGAGUGAAGCCAGAGUGCAGAAAUGGCUUUUGAAGUGGAGAGAAAAAUACAGGAGUUAUAAGAUGCUGUAA